AUGGGCUCGAGUCUUGCGAAGAAAAUACAAGGUACGCGGUGGAUUAUUGGAGAUGGCAAAAUAACUCGCUUCUGGCAAGAUAUAUGGUUGGAUGAGAGACCACUUAAUGAAGCAGUGGUGAUGGCGCUCCCAAAUGGUUUUGAUGAUCUAAGGUUAUGUGACUACUGGCAAAAUGGAGCAGGCUGGCUAAUGUUGCAGAUUGAGCCUUAUCUUCCAGCCGCGCUAACUCUGAACCUAUGGGCAUUAGUCAUUGAUACUGUUACUAGAGCUAAGAAUCGCAUAUCAUGGAGCCAGAGUCUGGAUGGGCAAUUCUCCGUGAGCUCGGCAUUCUCUUUUCUCACACGAGACAAGACGCCUCGACACGACUUGGAAGGUCUCUUCAAGCGGGUGUGGAGAGCUGUUAUACCAGAACGAGUCAGAGUUUUUUUGUGGCUUGGAGUGAAUCAGGUUAUUAUGACCAAUGUAGAAAGACGACGAAGGCACCUCUCGGAUUCUGGGAUGUGUCAGGUAUGUAAAGGAGGUGAUGAGACAAUAAUUCACAUCCUUAGGGAUUGCCCUGCAAUGGAGGGAGUGUUGCUUCGACUAGUUCCCAUCAGGAAAAGACAUGCGUUUUUCACGCAGUCGUUGCUUGAGUGGGUAUCCUCGAAUCUUGGUGAUACUCGGGACAUUGAGAACAUGACCUGGGCGACUCUGUUUGCUACAACGCUUUGGUGGGGAUGGAAAUGGCGUUGCAUUAAUGUUUUCAAUGGCUCCGGGAAAUGCAGGGACAAAGUGAAGUUUGUGAAGGAGCAAGCAAGGGAAGAUACUCUAGCACAUAUCAAGACAAACGUGAGUGUACUGAGAUCGAGUAAUCCGGUUAGAGUGGAACGAUGGAUAAAGUGGACAAGGCCAAGUUCGGGUUGGAUGAAAUUAAAUACCGAUGGCGCCUCCAGGGGAAACCCGGGAGCUGCAGCUGCAGGAGGUGUGAUUCGAGAUGAAGGGGGAGCGUGGUGCAGAGGUUUUGCACUCAAUAUAGGGAUUUGUACGGCUCCACUAGCAGAACUAUGGGGUGUGUAUUAUGGACUGCUGAUCGCGUGGGAGAGUGGUAGCCGGAGAGUUGCUAUUGAGGUGGAUUCGGAGGCAGUGGUGAGUUUUCUCACGAUAGGGAUAAGUCAUGUACAUCCGCUGUCGUUCCUGGUGCUCUUGUGUCAUGGCUUUAUAUCAAAGGACUGGUUAGUCCGCAUUUCCUAUGUGCAUAGGGAAGCUAAUCGCCUCGCGAAUGGAUUAGCAAACUAUGCGUUUUCUCUACCAUUAGGUUUUCAUUCCUUUGCUUCUGUUCCGGAUGUCGUCCGUUCUUUGUUUCUUGAGGAUUCUAGUGGGGUUGCUUCCCUACGACAAGUUAUUGUGUAA